UCACAACCCUUGUUGCACAGGUGCUGUUUGGAUGCACAGCUGUAGUCUCCAGCACCUCGCGUGGCUUGGCUUGCAGUGGAAUUCUGUGUCAGUGUUAUUCCCACUGCGCAGAUCGUUACAACAACUUUUUCACUCACCCCACGAGACAUCGAGACUGGAAGCAGAUGCUCCUGAAUCCAUUUGCCUGUUGGUCCUUGAACAGGAUUUUUUACUCGGGAUGGUGUUCACUAGCAACUUAGAACUGCAAGAGAAGUUCAGCACUCAGCUUGGCACACAUCAACCUCCUUGCUUACCGUUGCUGCUGUGCAAACAGAACUGUACUGAGAAGCAAAGGCCAGACUCGGCAGCCAAGCUGAAGCUUCUUGUACAGCAUGGAUGGAGUACUGUGUGAGCCCUGGAGAGACACGGCCUUCACCUGCCUUAAUUAUACACUGGGCAAGAAGCCUGCAAGCAACAGGCGUUAGCCUGAACUCGUGCGACCAGAAAGAAUCUAUGGGAAGAAGCGUCUGCUACUGGAAGGAAAUUCUGCUUAGCUUGAAAACUAUCAAAAAGCACAGAAGUAUUCCUGAACCUGCUGAUCCUCUCUUCAAGCAUUUCCACAGUGUGGACAUCCAGGUCCUCCAGGUUGCAGCCUGUGAAGAAGAGGCACGUGUGGCUUUUGCAACGCUGGGUGCAGCUGAAGGCAAAACUGAUGAUGCUUUAUUAGCCUUUGAAGCUGUUAACAAUGCGGUUUCGUACUGGAACCUAUGCACUCUUUGUCAAAGAAAGGCAGAGGAGGUUGAGAGUGAUGGUGUGCUACCAGAGGAACAAGAAGAACGCAAAGCCUGUGUUGUUGAAAGGCAGCACUGCCUGAUGAAGAUCAUUGAGGAAAGCUCCUCUGACCCGUCAGUAGCUGCCCAACUGCCGGUAUCUGUUAGAGCUGUGACGGAAAUGCUGAAGGCAGUGAUCCGGGAGCUUGGGGAGAACGGUGAGGAGGGAAGUCUUGCCUCCAGAAACAUCUCAAGAGCUGCGCACGUGGAAGUGGAAGAUGCAGUUCCAUCACCCAAGAAGUUCUCUUUCUCACCAACUAACACCUACCAGACUCUCCUUCAGUGGGCAGAAGACCACAAGUCCUUACUUCAAAAGCUGAGUCAGCAAGUGGAAGCUUUAAAGGUAAACAGCUUCUGUCACUAUACUGGAUGCAGAACAGUUGAUCUUUUUGUUCUGAAUGAAACACGGGAAAUGAAACGUAACAGUUGCAGUGUAAGCGUGCCAUCUCAUUGCUGGCCUGCUGAAAGCUGUGGAGCAGAUACUGUGUCAGAUGGUUAUGGGAGAGCACAACAUCUUCGUGAAGCUCCUUGGAAGGUUGCUACCUCUGGCCUGUCUGUUUGCAGUAGCCAGUCACCUGCUGUGACUCGCAGUGUCUUCGAAGAACUGCUGCAACCAGUGUACCACCAACAGAGGCGCCUGUCUGUGGCGUGAACGGAGCUGCACCUCAGCACGUCGACGUGCUCAGCAACAAGCGAUCCACGCGCCGCCUCUGCACAGCACUUGUGCUGCUGUGUUUCCUCAAGGCACCUGUGGUGCACCUGUGUGUUUUGAUGCUCCGUCUGCUGGAAUCCUUUCUCCUCGUGGAGGUGAUGAUCGCUACAACUACGGCCUGCCCCAGGCGAGUGCAAAUCCACCUCUGCCUGAACCAGGCUGUUUUACAAAACCUGCGUUUGCACCCACAGGUUUAAAACCUGCAGAGUCCCGUGUCAGUGCCGCACAGGACAAAUUAGGAUCCGCCUUUGCGAAAAAGGAAGGGCAGUGGGACUGUAACAUCUCUUCAGUGAGAAAUGAACCCACUGCCCCAAAAUGUGUUGCCCUGCAGAAUGCAAACAAAACUCGUUCAGCAGUAUCUCUUCAAGAACUGUCCUUUAAACUCGAUGGGAAAACCCCAGCGUGUACCUCUCAGAAUCUGGCAGAUGCUGAAGCGGAGCCUGCAGAGGGAAGAUGUAACUUCUCAGUGUGGAUGCCUCCAGGUGGAUUUAAAUUUGGCAUAGAGGAGUGCGGGUUUCUCUGUAGGUGGUUUUGCAGAGGUGAAACUCGGACGGCAUCUUUUUACUGGUGAAAAAGUUGGAGCAAAAAUCAUGGACCAAGUUGCUUUAGGGGAUGACUUGCCUCGUGUUAGAACAGAAAUUGGUGCCAUGAAGAACUGAAGUCAGCAAGAUGUUUGCCAAUUGUAUCAUGUAACAGAGACAUCAAAGAAAAUAUUCAUGGUCUUGGAGCAUUGUCCUGGAGGGAAGCUGUUUGAUUAUAUUGUUUCUAAGGACCACCUUUCAGAAGAGGAAGCUCGAGUCUUUUUUCGACAGACUGUUUCAGCACUUGCUUAUGUUCCCAGUCAGGGUCAUGCCCACAGAGACCUCAAACCAGAAAAUCCGCUGAUUGAUGAGAAACAUGUUUCUCAUAAUUUGAAGCUGACAGACUUUGGACUCUGUGCAAAGCCAAAGGGAGGCCUUGAUGACCGCCUGAACACGUGCUGUGGAAGCCCAGCAUGUGCAGCACCAGAGCUAAUCCAGAGCAAAGCCUAUAUUGGCUCAGAGGCAGAUUUUUGGAGCAUGGGUGCACUGCGGUACGCUCUGCUGUGUGGGUUUCUUCCUUUUGACGAUGGCAGUGUGAUGGCACUCUACAGGAGGAUAACAGGAGAGAGGAAAAGACACUGUUCCAAAAUGGCUUUCCCCUAGCAGCACGCUGCUACUUGACCAACUGCUGCAGGUAAAAGAGCUGCUUCUGUUCAGAUUGAUGUACAAAAUGCUGUUGCAUCAGCUCAAAGCAUUGAUGGAGUGCUUAGAAAAUAUGCGGUGUUUAAACAAGUUAAACUGCUCCAUGCCUGAUGUCCUUGAAGAAAAGGUUAGCAUUGCCUUGUGCUGAAAAUUCUCCAAUAGUCAUGUAGUACUAGUUAAUGGUUAUAGAAAUAUUGCAGUUUUAAUAACUACACAGUCUUCAAGCAGCUUGCAUUUGGAUGUUCUUAAUUGUGCUGUGUAAUUAAAAGUGAUCUGUACACAAAAGCUGUUUCUCAAAGGAAGCUGAACGUACUGAGUGUGCCUUUGGGCUGUAUCUACGCAGUCUCACAUACAAAAUGCUCGUGGAACAUUUACUGUAACCAUAGGUGCUGUAACUGUUCUUCACAGCUCAGGUGUUUGACCUUCCUUCUGGUGAAGUGAAUAAAUACUGCUGGUCUCUAUUUGUGCUUCCAGGCACCUUGAAGUUCUUAGGAAAAGAAUAACUGUCUGCAGUUCUUCUCGGUGAUGUAAAUAACAACUUGAAUGUUGCUGCCCACUAGGCAGACCCAAAGAAGCAGAUGACAGUUAAACUCCUGUGAAAUCACCUUUGGCUCAUGCAAGGUGCUGUUCAGUGGCAAAGUAAAUACCCAGUAAGUACACACACUCGAAGAAGCCUAAGUAUGUUCUGGAGUCUUUCCUGGACCACUGGCAUCCUCUCAGAACGGGAGUGAUAACACAUUUCUUCAGAGGCUGCUGAAAAGUGGUUACUCUCCGGGGUCCAUUUUGGCACCUUCAACACCUUUGUCAGUGACAGAGAGAAUGGAACUAGAGAGCACCUUCAGAAAGUUUGCAGGCAGCCCCGUGCUGAGAGGUGCGGUGGAUAAAACAGGAGGUAGGGAUGUCUUAUCCUGGUGGCAUUCAGGGCCGGGUUGGAUGAGGCCCCGGACAGUUUGAUCUGGUGAGUUGCAGCUUUGCAACUUGGAGCUUGAUGGUCUUUAAGGUCCCUUCCAACUCAAGCCGUUCUAUGAUUCUCUGGAACUGUGCUUGUGCUCCUUAUCUCUCAAUUGUCUGAUCUGUGUGAGAGGUUGGGGUAGCGGGGUUGGGGUGGGGGUGGGAAUUGGGUGUGCGAGGGAGAUUCUUGCUGCAGAUACUGAGAAGUUGCUGUGUAUUUGCAGCCAAUGGCUGCUGCUGGCCUCUGGGUGCCACUGUUUCUCUGAAGAACAGCUGUGCUGAUCGUACACCACCGUGUGCUGUGCAUGCCAUGGAACUGAAUAAUUAAGAGGGGAUAGAGGUGUAACUUGUGCUCUAGUGAAAAUCUCAUCUGCUGACAGGCUUUUGUACUUGAAUGCAGAACCUGUUGCCACAGAGGGACCCGUUGCUGAAGCGUGGUGACUCUGUUUACUCCUUGCAGUAUUUAGCCCUGAUGCUAACUAUUUAAAAUAGAAAAUCUGAAAUGGUGGCUAACUAUUGACUUGAUUGGUGCAUAUCAGAAGACUAUCAUGGUGAUAUUGGCUCUGUGAGAUGACUUGGAAGCUGUUUCUUCAGUACAGGUCUUGUUCUUGCAGCUGGGGCACCUUGAUGAAGACUGUGCAACAGAACUUGCUGUGUUUCAGAACCAGAGCAGAGAGAGCAGAGAGAGUAUAUCGGCAUUAAUAUCGGAGGUACAGAAAGUAAUGAGAACAAUCUACCUACAAGGGGAAGAAGUUCUUCCAUGUUAGUCUAUUUUCACAGUCCUUUAUCAGAGGACUUCUAAUGCCUUAUAAGUAAUUCAAGCUGAUUGUGCUACACUGUGGAACUGUGACCAGAUGUCACAACCUAUCUCUUGCUUCAAUCCAGGAAGGUUCGUGGCAAGCGCAUCCACUUAAGAAUUCCAUUACAAACGACGUGCAGUACAACACAGCCAGCAAGCCACGGAAGAAUCUCAACUGAACGCUUCUUUUCAGUCUGAAAAGGCUGUGACAUCUGAAGAUGUGCCAGGUUGCAGCCAUGUGCCACAUGCGUUUGGAUCCAUGGAAUUUGCUGAUGGAACUUCAUUGUUUGAAGAAUCUCCACUAGAAGAGUUUGUUCUAAAUGCUCACAGAACAAAGCAGGUGUCUGAAGAUCCAGUGCUGGUUUCUGACAGAAAAAAACACAAUUCUUAAUCCAGAAAUCUGCUUCUCAGUGUGUAUAAUGCUUAUUACAUAUUUAAGUAUCUAGUGGACCUUGACCAAAGGGAGAUACAGAUUGAGCAAAGAAGUAUGUUGAGCAUAAACUUGAUGCCUUCUACCUGAAAGCCAUGGUUCAUUUGAUGAGAACCUUAACUUCAGUGUUCGGUUUGCACUGAAACAGCGAGUAAGGAAACAAGCGAAGGAGUCAGUGAGGAUUUUAAAACAAAAUGGGAAGUGAUAAGGCACAGUUAAUAAGAUUUUGGAGUUAGGCAAGAGGUGGACAGAGCUUUAAAGGUACCGACAGAAAUUCAAUCUUUCUGUAUUGGACAAGAAAACCCACAGUGAAGCAAUUCAAAUUUCGCAGCUAAAAAAGUGAUAAUUCAUAGCUAUGUUUAGAUAAGCUGGUGAGGAGUUAAUCCUAAAUGUAGAAUUCAGAUGAACAGAUAGAAAAAUGGCACUUGACAAUCUAUAAGAAGCAAACUCAUUUUAGGGGAGAAUCAGAGGUACUGAAGAGUUUUUAACUACUUUGCUCAAUAGACAAGUAGUGUAGGAUGUUUUUAUAAGCAUUGUGUCUGACCUGCUUAGAUGUUAGAAUUUCCUUGACAGUGACUUCUCUGGAUGUGAUUGCAGUACCUGGCAGCAUUCAAGGUGUGAUACUCAGCUGGGCAAUAUGGAAUUCACACUGUCAGCUCCAGUGACAGGAAAAGUGGCAUCUAUGCAGCAUGCAAAGAAAUGUGGAUGCAGAGUCAGCAUAAAGAAAUGCACUGCCCUUUGCACUUCCUGCUCCAAAGGCCUCCUUUCCAAAGAGUGAGACACAGAAACAAGUGCAAGGCAAACCCCUCCAGGCACCUCCUUCCAAAGAGAGCCAGUGCACAACAGUCAUCGCAGUUAAGAAGCCCAAAACACCAGCAAAUACGUAUGAACUGACAGCAACUGAGGUUCUUCCUGAGAGGAGGUAGGUGUGCAGUUAUCUGUAUAUGUUUUUGGUUUAGAGCAGUGCUACCUCAAUCAGUGAACAGCCUAGGAAGCAUUGUUCACAACAGCAAGCUGUAUUUCCUUUCUCUUGGUUAAAAUUCUCCUAAAACCUCUUGCUGUAUUCCCUGGGAAACACUGAAAGCAGAAAAUAAAAAUUAAAACUAGAAGUCA